AUGGACGAAUUUGUUUCCCUCCUGAAGACACUUAAGAAAAAUGAUAAGAUUGCGCAAAAUGUUCUGCUUAUGAUCUCAGAGAGCUUUCGGUACAACGAGGAGGCGGUAGGCGAUGCACUGUUUAGACAUCACAGGGGCCUGCUUGAUAGAGAAGCGGUUCUAGACUUUUUGGCACUACUCUGCAGUAAGGAUGCAAGAUAUCUGAGUCUUUUCAGGAGAUACCGGGGAGAGUUCGAUGCGGAUCACAGGAUUGUUAAGCUGCUGGACGGUGAGAUUCCAGAGGAUAAGCCCAAAAGGGCAAAGGUGGAUGAUAGGGAUUACGCUGAGCAUGAAGAUGUUGCUAAGGAUGCCGCCAGUGCAAGAGGCAUGCUUGCAGAUCCAACUGCUGGAGGCAAUCCCAAGCAUAAAGAAACUCACAAUAAAAAGAUAAGUAAAAAUGUGCUUGAGGACGCAAGAUCAAAAAACUCAUGGGAUAGAAAAGAGCCCGAGCCCGAAGUCCUUAACGAUGAAUACCUAAGGGCUGAGGCAUGCCCAUCCAUAUUGUACCCUCCGAACCAGUGUAAGCUAUGUGGACUGAGAUACGAGGACACUUCAGUGGGCGACGAGCAAAUGGGAAUCCACAUUGACGAGCAUAGGAGAAAAGCAAGGGUGUUAGGAGAAAAGGACUGCGUAAGCAGAGAGUUCUUCCCAACGCUGGAAGCAUGGACAAAGAACAUCGAGAAAAUUAAGCUCAAGUUGGAGGUUGAGAAGGUUGAAAAGAUCGCUUACUCAGGAGGGCCAGCACUUUGUGAUGUUUGUCGCAGCAAAAUAGAGGUCGAAUGGGAUGACCACGAGGACAGCUGGAUGUUGAAAGAUGCAAUCUCUCUUGAAAAAGCUGGAAGAACAAGCUUUUGCCAUAGAAAGUGUGUUUCAUAA